ACAGCUCAAAUAUUCAUCCCCUCACUUUAAGGUUCAGCGCCGCGCCUUCUCUCUCGUUUCUUCUCCCAGUCGAAACAUUCCUCCUUUCCACAUGCGCCGCUGCCCGCGAGAAGCUCUCCAUCAUCUUCUCCUUCCCUUCGCUUCAUCCUCUGCCGGCGAAAAACCUGCAACUGUAUCACGGCAAGCCGCCGUCCAAAAGCCCUAGAUCCCUAAGCCACCAACUCCGCCCUCACAUCUAGGCACUGGCGCAACUCAGUGGCGUCGCCACUCUCCUCGACGACGAUAAAUGCGCCACUGCACAGCCCGUAUCCAGUCGCCGCCGUACGGGUUUCAAACUACGGCGUCGCCCAAGCCCUAGCCGCCGCCGUACGGGUUUCAAACUACGGCGUCGCCCAAGCCCUAGCCUCCAGAUCUCGGCCUGCUCCCUCAUCCAAGAGAUAACCACUUUCAUGCUCUAUUGAUAGAUACAGAUCUUCAUCUUCAUCUGGAAAGAAAAAUUCAGAAAAAUAUCAGCCUCUUCAUUCUCAAAUUUGGGCCAGAAGUCAUAAACUUUACCCAGCAGAUAAAAAGCUCGAUAUCCACUGGAUGAAAGGCAGCUGCUCUUGGAUUCUAUGCUUUAAUAUAUGUAUAGAUAAUGCGGUCUCUCUGAAUGAUUUCUCAGCUUCAUCACAAGAUGGAUUUAUUCAGGAAAGCAAUUCUGAAUCCAGGGCCGCCUGAAGAUUUCGCGCUCCAGACUGUGCAGCAAGUUAUAAAACCCCAGAAGCAGGUGAAACUCGUUCAAGAUGAAAAUAUGUUGUUGGAAAAUAUUCUGCGGACUUUGCUUCAAGAAUUGGUGUCAGCUGCAGUUCAGUCAGGUGAGGCAACUAUGCAUUAUGGUCAGUCGAUAGCUGAUGAGGAUGCACGUCCUGGUCAAAUUCCUCGUCUUCUUGACAUCGUAUUAUACCUCUGUGAGAAAGAACAUAUUGAAGGUGGCAUGAUUUUCCAGCUUUUGGAAGAUUUGACCGAGAUGUCUACAAUGAGGAACUGCAAAGAUAUUUUUGGGUACAUUGAAAGUAAACAAGACAUUCUUGGCAAGCCAGAGCUCUUUACCAGAGGGAAGCUUGUUAUGCUGAGAACAUGCAAUCAGCUACUUCGUCGUCUAUCAAAGGCAAAUGAUGUUGUGUUUUGCGGACGAAUUAUUAUGUUUCUUGCUCAUUUUUUCCCAUUAUCAGAACGUUCAGCUGUCAAUAUCAAAGGAGUUUUUAAUACUUCAAACGAGACCAAAUAUGAGAAAGAAGCUCCAGAAAGUAGUUCUAUUGAUUUCAACUUUUACAAAACCUUUUGGAGUUUACAGGAAUCCUUUUCCAAUCCUUCUUCUCUAGCUUCCACUGUUACAAAGUGGCAAAAAUUUACUUCCAGUUUGAUGGUCGUGUUGAAUACAUUUGAGGCUCAGCCUCUGAGGGAUGAAGAGGGCAGUGCUAUUAACCUUGAGGAUGAAGCGUCAAACUUCAGUAUAAAAUAUCUCACCAGCAGUAAUCUAAUGGGUCUGGAGUUAAAAGAUCCAAGUUUUCGACGACACAUUCUGGUUCAGUGCCUUAUUUUGUUUGAUUACUUAAAGGCCCCUGGGAAAAAUGACAAAGAUUUGCCAUCGGAUACAACGAAAGAGGAGAUAAAAACUUGUGAAGAACGGGUGAAGAAGCUUCUAGAGAUGACACCUCCUAGAGGGAAAGAAUUCCUUCAUAGCAUUGAGCAUAUUUUGGAGCGUGAGAGGAACUGGGUAUGGUGGAAGCGUGAUGGUUGCCCUCCAUUUGAAAAACCACCCGUAGAGAAAAAGCUAGCUCAAGAUGGUGGUCGGAAGCGUCGUCCUCGGUGGAGACUGGGGAAUAAGGAACUGUCUCAUUUGUGGAAAUGGGCUGAUCAGAACCCGAAUGCUCUAGCAGAUCCUCAACGUGUCCGUACUCCUGCCAUCAUGGAUUACUGGAAACCGUUGGCUGAAGAUAUGGACGAAUCUGCUGGAAUAGAAGAAGAAUAUCAUCACAAAAAGAGCCGAGUUUAUUGCUGGAAAGGUUUGAGGUUUUCUGCGCGACAAGAUCUGGAAGGAUUUUCGCGAUUUACUGAACAUGGCAUUGAAGGUGUUGUUCCCUUGGAACUUUUGCCACUUGAUGUGCGGUCAAAAUAUCAAGCUAAACCAGGGGAUAGAUCCAAGCGUGCCAAGAAGGAAGAGACAAAAGGUUCCGUGCAGCAAGUCGAAGACACUCAGAUUGCGACACCUGCGAGUGAGACUGACAUGGACGGGGGCAGAAACGACGGUGAAGGCACAACGGGUGCGGAUGGUGAUGGUAGUGGAAGUGGUGAGGGUGAUGAGCAUCAGAAACACAACUCUGAUACAGAUGGCGGUUUGGAAGCAGGCCAAAUUGAAGGAGAUACUGGAAUGGUUGAUGGAGAGACGGAUGCCGAUGCUGACUUAGAUGUUGUAUCUUGAUCAAUACAUAUGCACAUACUAUAUAUAUUUUUUAGAUUUAGCUGUUAUUGGUGACUUCGUACAAGCCAGGUUUUAGAUUUGUCCAACAAAUGUUGUAUCUACUAGAUAUUAUGUAUUGGAUUGCUAUGCCAAUAAUUACAUUUUUUUUGGUCUGAA